AUGGUGUUUUCUACAAGAGGGGGCCGGAAAGUCCGGCGCCUGCUGUUCUGGCUUCUGCUCCUCGCCGCCUGGGAAGCGGGGAGCUGCCAGGUCCACUAUUCCGUCCCCGAGGAGGCCAAACACGGCACCUUCGUGGGCCGCAUCGCGCAGGACCUGGGCCUGCAGCUGGCGGAACUGGUGCCGCGCCUGUUCCGGGUGGCGUCCAAAGGCCGCGCGGACCUUCUGGAGGUAAAUGUGCAGAACGGCAUUUUGUUUGUGAAUUCUCGGAUCGACCGCGAGGAGCUGUGCGGGCGGAGCGCGGUGUGCAGCAUCCACCUGGAGGUGAUCGUGGACAAGCCGCUGCAGGUUUUCCAUGUAGAGGUGGAGGUAAAGGACAUUAACGACAACCCGCCGAUAUUUCCAAUGACAGUAAAGACUAUCUGGUUUCAUGAAUCGAGGCUGCUUGAUUCGCGGUUUCCUCUAGAGGGAGCAUUUGAUGCGGACAUCGGAGUAAACGCUCUGCUCUCCUACAGGCUACGCUCCAGUGAGUUUUUCUUUCUAGACAUACAGACAAAUGAUGAACUAAGCAAGUCUCUGUCUCUUGUACUGAAGAAAUCUCUGGACAGAGAAGAAACCCCUGAGAUUAAUUUGUUACUGGUGGCUACUGAUGGGGGCAAACCUGAGCUCACGGGCACUAUCCAACUGCUUAUUAAGGUAUUAGAUGUGAAUGACAACGAACCAAGUUUUGAUCAAUCAGUUUAUAAAGUACAAUUGUUAGAAAACAUCGCAAACGGAACCUUAGUGAUUAAACUAAACGCUUCUGAUGCAGACGAAGGAUCAAACAGCGAGAUUGUGUAUUCACUCAGUAGUGAUGUGUCUUCCACUAUACAGACCAAGUUCAAAAUAGAUGGCAGCUCAGGAGAAGUCAGAAUUAACGGACAACUAGAUUACGAAGAAAUGAAAUCCUAUGAGAUUCAAGUCAUUGCAGCAGACAAAGGAAUUCCAUCAAUGUCAGGACAUUGUAAAAUUUCAGUAAAACUCGUGGAUAUCAAUGAUAACAGACCAGAAGUCUCGAUAUCGUCUCUUUCACUCCCCAUCCAAGAGGACGCUCCACAGGGCACCGUUAUUGCCCUCAUCACGGUAUCCGAUCGCGACUCUGGUGCCAACGGGCAAGUGACCUGCACCCUGACACCCCAUGUCCCCUUCACGCUGGUGUCCACCUACAAGAAUUACUAUUCGCUGGUGCUGGACAGCGCCCUGGAUCGCGAGAGCUUGUCGGUCUAUGCGCUUGUGGUGACAGCGCGGGACGGGGGCUCGCCUUCUCUGUCGGCCACAGCUGAAGUAUCCGUGGAGGUAGCCGAUGUGAACGACAACGCGCCGGCGUUUGCGCAGCCCGAGUACACGAUGUUCGUGAAGGAGAACAACCCGCCGGGCUGCCACAUCUUCACGGUGUCAGCGCGCGAUGCGGACACUCAGGAGAACGCGCUGGUGUCCUACUCGCUGGUGGAGCGGCGGGUGGGCGAGCGCGCGCUGUCGAGCUACGUGUCGGUGCACGCCGAGAGCGGCAAAGUGUACGCGCUGCAGCCGCUGGACCACGAGGAGCUGGAGCUGCUGCAGUUCCAGGUGAGCGCGCGCGACGCGGGCUUCCCUUUGGAUGUCAACGUGUACCUGAUCAUCGCCAUCUGCGCAGUGUCCAGCCUGCUGGUGCUCACGCUGCUGCUGUACACGGCGCUGCGGUGCUCGGCACCGCCCACAGAGGGCGCGUGCGGCCUGGGGAAGCCCACGCUGGUGUGCUCCGGAGCGGUGGGGAGCUGGUCGUACUCGCAGCGGAGGCAGCAGAGGGUGUGCUCUGAAGAGGGGCCGCCCAAGACCGACCUCAUGGCUUUCAGCCCCAGCCUGCCUCAGGGUCCAGACUCCACGGAGGAAAGACAACAGCCCUCAGAAUCAGAGCACUUAGGAAAGGUGAGCCUUUUCAUUUUUUUCCCUACCAAUUCUAGAACUAUUCCUGUUUUUAUUUCUUAUAAUAUAUAUUAA